AGCCUCUCUCGCCUCCGAGCCUCCGAACUGCCUGCUGCCCGUCCCGGCCAGGCGCCCCCUGCAGCAUGGCCUGGAACACCAAUCUCCGCUGGCGGCUGCCGGUCAUCUGCCUGCUCCUGCAGGUGGCCCUGGUGGUCCUCUUCGGCGUGUUCGUGCGCUAUGACCUGGAUGCCGACGCCCACUGGAUCGAGGAGAGGAUGUCCAGGAACAUUUCCAGCGACUUGGACAACGAAUUCUACUAUCGGUACCCGAGCUUCCAGGACGUGCACGUGAUGAUCUUCGUGGGCUUCGGCUUCCUCAUGACCUUCCUGCAGCGCUACGGCUACAGCGCCGUGGGCUUCAACUUCCUGCUGGCGGCCUUCGGCAUCCAGUGGGCGCUGCUCAUGCAGGGAUGGUUCCACUCCUUUGACGGACGCUACAUUCUCUUGGGCGUGGAGAACCUCAUCAAUGCGGACUUCUGUGUGGGCUCUGUCUGUGUCGCCUUUGGGGCAGUUCUGGGCAAAGUCAGCCCUGUCCAGCUCCUCAUCAUGACUCUCUUCCAAGUGACCCUCUUCUCAGUGAAUGAGUUCAUUCUCCUCAGCCUGCUAGAGGUGAAGGAUGCAGGGGGCUCCAUGACCAUCCACACAUUCGGCGCCUACUUUGGGCUCACAGUGACCUGGAUCCUCUACCGACCCAACCUAUAUCAGAGCAAGGACAGGCCAAGCUCUGUGUACCACUCGGACCUCUUUGCCAUGAUCGGCACCCUCUUCCUGUGGAUGUACUGGCCCAGCUUCAACUCAGCUGUGUCCAAUCACGGAGACGCCCAGCACCGAGCUGUCAUCAACACCUACUGCUCCUUGGCAGCCUGUGUGCUCACUGCGGUGGCGCUGUCCAGCGUCCUGCAUAAGAAGGGCAAGCUGGAUAUGGUGCACAUCCAGAACGCCACGCUCGCAGGAGGGGUGGCCGUGGGCACUGCCGCCGAGAUGAUGCUCAUGCCUUACGGCUCCCUCAUCAUCGGCUUCAUCUGCGGCAUCAUCUCCACCCUGGGUUUUGUGUACCUGACGCCAUUCCUGGAGUCCCGGCUGCGGAUCCAGGACACGUGUGGCAUUCACAACCUGCAUGGCAUGCCCGGCAUCAUAGGUGGCAUUGUGGGUGCUGUGACGGCAGCCUCUGCCAACACUGAGCUGUAUGGGCAGGAAGGGCUUGCCUUUGCCUUUGGCUUUGGAAGUUCCACACUGAGCUGGAACGCAAGCACACAGGGCAAGUUCCAGGCUGCUGGUCUCUUUGUGUCGCUGGCCAUGGCCCUGGUGGGCGGCAUCAUCGUAGGGGUCAUUUUGAAAUUGCCAUUCUGGGGACAAGCCGCUGAUGAGAACUGCUUUGAGGAUGCAAUCUACUGGGAGUUCCACCAGGUACACCUGCCCGGCCUGGAGCAGGGCCCUCGGAGCUGCCUCCUCUCUCUGCAGAUGCCCAAGGACCAGAAGAGUAUUGUCUUCCAUUCUGAGGACCCCACCCUCAAGCCCUCAGAACCUUAAACUCCCAGGGCAAGUGAGAAGCAGGCUCCACAGACUGUUCCAGCAUUCCCCAAGGAGCCAGUGCUGAUCAAGCUGGGAACAAAAGAGCAAGGCGAGCGGCACUCCACCUGCUGGCCCGGUCCAGGGUGCCUCCAUCUCUCCCUCCGCUUUCAUCCCAGGGGACCUGCCUGAGAAUGGAGGAGGAGCUAUAGACAAAGUGGGCAUCCAAGCCAGGUUCUGGCUGCAGGAAGCCUGCCACCAGGAGUCUUGGUGGCCACAUCCUGAGAAAAGCAGGCAGGAGUGGGGCUGGGGGCUGGAGGUGGACCUGAGCCCUCCUACGAGACAACGUAGCUGCCAACCACCGACUGCUGGGCUCUUCCACUCCCUUCCUGCCCCUCAGCCAGUAUCUCCCAUGCCCCCUGAAACCUCCAGGCCUCUCUGUGCCAUGCAGAUGGUAGCCUCCGUGAAUAAAACGUUCUUGGUGUUCUUUGUAGAA